CUCAGAUCACAAGGAAGCAGUGAUACACUGUGCUACAACAGUCAUUACCUGCCAAGUGCCCUCUCCUAGAUUCCUGCACUGUUGUGUCCUGUGCAUGAGGACAUAGGUGACUCGCUCCUUUGCAAUGACAUCGUUAACGAGAGACGUGUUUGGGAAGCUGGAGAAUGGAAGUGCAGUGGAGAGGUUCUGUCUUCAGACUGAUUCUAUUAAAGUAGAAGUCAUAUCCUUUGGUUGUAUAAUCACUUGCUUAGAGACAAAAGAUAGAUAUGGAGAAUUUGCAGAUAUUGUGCUGGGGUUCGAUAAUUUAGAAGGCUAUACAAACAAGCAUCCUUACUUUGGUGCCGUGGUUGGACGAGUUGCAAAUAGAAUUGCUAAAGGUCAAUUUACUGUGGAUGGAAAGAAUUAUAAUUUAGCAAUCAACAAUGGUCCAAAUAGCAUACAUGGAGGACUUAAAGGAUUUGAUAAGGUUAUCUGGACACCUGAGCUGAUCCAAAAUGGAGUCCAGUUCUCAUAUACCAGUGCAGAUGGCGAGGAAGGAUACCCUGGUGAAUUAAAAGUUUGGGUUACAUAUACAGUUGUUGACAAAAAGCUAACCAUCAAUUAUAGGGCACAAAGCAGCAAGACCACACCCAUAAAUCUGACAAACCACUCAUACUUCAAUUUGGCAGGCCAGGGUUCCAACAAUAUAUAUGACCAUGAAGUUUCCAUUAUGGCUGAAAAUUACCUACCUGUUGAUGAAACCAUGAUACCCACAGGAGAAAUUGCAUCGGUUGGGGGCACUUGCUUUGACUUGAGAAAGCCAGUUAAACUCGGGGAACAAAUAAACAAAUUUUCUGUAGAUGGCUUUGAUCACAACUUUUGCUUAGUCGAGACCAAGGAACUGAGAAACUGUGCAAGGGUCUAUCACCCACUCAGUGGCAGAGUACUUUCUGUCAGCACAACUCAGCCUGGUGUGCAGUUUUACACAGCUAACUUUCUGGAUGGAUCCCUCAAAGGCAAAAAUGGUGCUGUGUAUCCAAAGCAUUCUGCAUUCUGCCUGGAAACACAAGCCUGGCCAGAUGCUGUUAAUAAGGCCAAAUUCCCCAGCUGUCUUCUAUACCCCGGAGAGGAGUACAAUCACACUACUUGUUUUGAGUUCUCUAUACUUUAAAACAAGCCAGGCAUAGUAUUCAUUUGCCUGAUGAAUCUGCAAUGAUAACUAGUUAAUGAUAGUUUAAUAUUACUGCUUCUUCAGAGACAUUUAAAUUAAAAAAUGUGUUAAUAUCACACCUUCCAGAUCUGUUCCAAUUUGAUAUGUAUGAAAAUGAAUCCAUUUGUUAUGUCUUAUUGAGUAUAGUUUUAACAAAAAAGUAUAAUGUCCUCCUUCUUAGUAUUUGACACAGACUUGGGUCACAAAAAUAAAUAAAUCACAUCA